GAGUGUGGUGUCGCAAAGUCGUAAAGUCGCAAAGUCGGUUUAAGAACUAAAACUAUUUUGUGUGUGCUUUUCCUCUGCAUCCGCAUUUCUAACUGAAACUGACUUUUCUUCUUCUGAUUUAUUUUUAAUUACAUUUUUCCAAAUAAAUUAAAAAUAAUGUCGAUACAAUUAAGCGAUCACAGUAACAAUAAACAAGGGACUUUAGUUGCUAAAACACCAUUUUCAAUUGAUCAUAUAUUAUGUCAAAAUAAUUUAAAUAACAAUAAUAACAACACUAACAACAAUAACAAUAAUAAUUGUGAUACAACAAAAAGUGCAGUUAGUACAGGUGACAAAGUUAUUGGUUUAAAAACUUCAGUGUCAGCAGCAGCGGCGGCCGCGGCAGCAUCUAUUUUGAAUGGAAAAAUUAGUGAGAAUGAAAAACCUAAGGAAUCUUUGUCAAUGGCAGCGUCUGCAGCUGCGGCGGCUUCAGGACACCAUCAACACCAUCAUCACCAUCGGGAAGAAGAGGAAUAUCAAAGGAUAAUUCAAAAUCAUAGAUUUAAAAUCUCCGAUCGUCUUCCACCACCACCAUCUCAACAACAACAAUCCCAACUGCCAUCUAACAUUCAACAACCUAGUUUCAAUGGCAACCAUCCGCCUAGUUCUGGUAUUUUAUAUCCAAAUUCAGCAUACAGUGAUCAUGGAUUCCUUCAAAUGACAUUGGGGUAUUUGUCACCAUCCUCUGGAGCUUAUAAAUCUGUCGACCCGUACUUUUUAUCUCAAGCAGGUCUUUUUGGGGGUGGUCAUCUAUUUGGUGGUGCUGGAUGUGGUGUCCCAGAACUGGCCCUCGGCAUUGGAAUGGGAGUGAAUGCACUUAGACACUGCCGUAGACGUAAGGCACGCACAGUCUUCAGUGAUCCGCAGUUGUCCGGGUUGGAGAAACGUUUCGAAGCACAAAGAUAUCUAUCGACACCCGAACGUGUGGAGCUAGCUACAGCACUGGGCUUGAGUGAAACUCAAGUCAAGACGUGGUUCCAAAAUCGUCGAAUGAAACACAAAAAGCAAUUGCGUCGCCGGGAUGCCAAUAAUGAACCCGUUGACUUUUCACGUUCCGAAACGACGACGGCUGAAAAGACAUCCGGCAAUGGCAAUAACUCCUCCUCCCAUCAUGCAGCCACGACAACGGCGGCGUCUUCAGCAUCGUCGGCAUUGUCUUGUGAUUUGGAGAAAGGUUACCCAUCAGGCUAUGGGUCCAAUACGACGUCGACAACUAAUGCUGGCCAUCACCAUCAGCAGCAGCAGCAUCAUCAUCAGCGUUCCCAACAUCACCAUCAUUUGAAAAUGCUAAGGACAAUAUCAGCCUCGUCGGGUGAUAGUCUCGUAAUGAGUGGCCACCCAGACCAAGAUGACUUGACAAGUGAUGACAAUUCGGAGGAUGACGGCAGUGACGUGGAUAUUGUUGGUGAUACAAAAAUGUAUAUGACGUAAUAGUAAAUUUAUGUGAAUUGAACAACAUCAAGGAUGUACGUUGUACAUACAAACACAAAAAACACACACAUGCAAUUUUAUUGUAUCACAAAUUAUUUUCAAAAACUUAUUCCAAUUUUGUAAAUAGAAUAUAAAUUUAAUUAAAUUUCAGAGUGUGCAUCUAGUCAGAACGUAGUUUUAUUAGGAGUUAUAAAUAAAUAAUAAUAAUUAAUUUCAAACUGAGAACGUAUAUUGUGUAAAAUAAAAAUUCAACGAAAACAUUUAAAAGAUAAUAAUAAAUGGGUAAAUUG